UUCUAUUAAUUAAAAUAUGAGAUAAUUCUUAGUGUCAGCUCUAGCCUUGCUUAUAACAAUACAAUAUUAUCACUUGAAUAAUGAAAGUUAAACUGAUUUUGAAAAGUGGGCGACAAAACAUUAGAAAUUUUUUUCUGGUAGUGAAAAAAUAUUUAGAAUGGAAAUCUAUAACUAAAAUAAAAAAAUGAUUGAAGAGCAUAACUAAAGAGAAGAUUCAAGUUAUUAGAUGGGAGAGAAUAAAUUUAUGGUGCUUUCUUCGGAGGAAUUUCUAUAUCUAUAUAACUAACAAAUUGGUGAAUUUUUUGAAGUUAAAAAAAAUGAUACUAUUCCUGAAAUCAAAAAAGAUAUUUUAGCUGCUGUAGAUUGGAGAAACUAUUCAAAAGUAAAGGAUCAAGGUACCUGUAAUUCAGGAUAUGCCUUUUCGGUAUCCAAUUAAAUAGAAGCCUGGUUUGCAAUAUCAAAAAAAUAAUAUGGUAUCAUGCCAUCUGUAUAAUAAAUUGUGUCUUGCAGUUCUUUAAAUGCUGGGUGUGCAGGAGGGUAAAAUAAUUUUGCUUUUUAAUAUGUAAAGGAAGCAGGAUUAGUGAGCACCUUUGAUUUUCCCUAUGAUCCAUAUUUUGCUAUGUGCAAUAUACCUAAAAAACCAUAUAUCUUCAUUGAUGAUUUUGAAUGGGUUGGAUUAGAGGAAAAAUAUGUAAAAUUCUAUCUAAAUAGUUAACCAAUAUCAACUUCAGUUAAUGUAGAAAAAUGGUAAUUUUAUAAAUCUGGAAUAUUUUCUGAUUGUAUUUCGACUCGUUAAAAUCACUAUGUUCUGAUAGUAGGUUAUGACUCUAAUAAUAAUUGGAUUAUUUAAAAUUCAUGGGGAGAAGGAUGGGGAGAAAAUGGACAUAUAAGAUUAUCACCAGGAAACACAUGUGGACUUAUACAAUAAACUUACCAAAUCGUUUGAAAAUUUUAAUAAAAAAACAAUAAUUAUGAUACAAUUCCCA